AUGUCCGGACUCGACCCCAAAGGCCCUUCCCAGCCAACCCAAAAUGAUGCCUACACCACACCCGGCAACCCCGUCGAAAGUAAUCCCACCGAGCAACGGCAAACCGAGUACAACGCCGCCGACAACAGCGCCAGCGUAGGCCAGCGCAUCCCCACGAAACAAGCCACAGACGCUCAGGGCCUGAGAAAUGCAAAGUUUGGCGAAGGUGCCGGUAUCCAUGGCGCGCCGGCGGGAGAAGAAGCAAAAGGGCGGUCGGAGGAGGAUGUAGGACGGCACAAUGAGUUGGAUGGCGAGCAGAUGGCUGCACCUGGGGAGGGGAGAGUCGCUAAUGCGGUGAGGCAGGGAGGGAAGGGACAGGGUGGAGGUGGAGAGCAGCCUGAUCUUGCGUCGGAUUUGGACAGGAAGAAGGCUGAGCAAGCCGAAGCACGGGACGCGAUCAAACAGUCUAAGGGCGAGAACACUCAAGAUGGAGGGGCUUUGGGUCAGCAAGGCGGUCCUGCAAAUGUAGUAGGUAACCAAUUACCCUAA